AUGAGUUCCUCUGCAACAGCCGUGGCAUCGGAGGCUGAAAUCGCCGCAGCACAGAAGAACUACAAGGUCGUCCAAGACGUUGGCAAUUUCGACGAGAUCCAAGCCAAACGCCCAGACUUUGAUCAUCAUAAGCCUAUCACAGUAACAAAAUCUCCAAAUCCCAAUUGGGAGUACGGCCAAGGAGUGCCCGACAAUGGAGCCAGCCUGGCCCAAAAACAUCAUGAAAUCGAUCCUUACGCCCCAGAUCGUCCGAUGAUCAACAACUACCGCCUUCUUGUCUCGGGAAUUGCGCCUCGACCGGUGGGAUUUCUCAGCACAGUCAAUUCCAAGGGCGAAAAGAACCUCUCCCCAUUUAGUUACUUUCAAGUCAUCGAUCACGAUCCUCCAAUGUUCAUUGUUGGUUUCUCGUCUCGGCCUGGUAGGGUUAAGGACACCUACCGCAACCUCCGAGAGACUGGGGAGUGUGUAAUCAACACGGUCUCAGAGAACAUGAUCGAGGCAGUGAACGCGAGCUCUAUUGAUGCUCCGUAUGGUGUGUCAGAGUGGGAUAUAUCCGGACUGCAUGAGGCACCAUCGAGUACUGUGAAGCCAUCCCGCGUCGCCGAAUCUGUGUUCAACAUCGAAGGCAAGGUUAUUGAUAUCAAGGAGUUCACCGAUCAUCAAAAACCUGGAAUGAGUCUCGCUGCUACUGUUCUCAUCAAGGCUACUCGGUUCUGGGUCAAGGAAGGCACUGCCAAUGAGGAUUACAGUCAUAUCGACUUGGAGAAGUUGCGACCGAUUGGCCAACUUGGGGGGAUGUCCUAUGGUCGCAUUGGAUCAACUUUUGAGUAUCCACGCAAGAAGUGGAGUGAUGAGAUGCCUAAGAGUGAGAUCUUGACUCAGCUGGAUGCUGCUAAGCCUGUUUAUGAAUGA